UACACUGCUUCAAAAUAUAUUUUCUCCCCCUACGAAAAAGACGCAAAUUCGGACGCCUGGCCGCGGAAUAGCUUUUGUUGCUGGAGAUUUUCCAACCCCAAACUCAAACGCCAUUUCCAGCAAUCGGGCACUGACGAAGAAAAACGCCACUCCUUCGAAAAUGUAAACGAAUCGUACCGCCGUAUCGUACGCUUUUUGUUUUACGGAUUAUUAGUUUGUUUUGGUUUUGCGUGGAACGCAAACGCUGGAGAGCAUCAGCAAGCGCCAGAGAGCAGCGUACGUUUGUGUUGCGUACGUAAGGCGGAGUACAGCGAAGCAGGCUGUACCAAGCGAGGAAAAAAAUCCACUCCCCAUCGCAACAUCGGUUUGUGGCCGAUCAGUGUGAUGCAAUAAUCGGUUUGUUUGGUAAUUUAGUGCAUUUUAUCAGUGAACAUUGGGAGUGUUUUUGGUGCGUAGUGCAACAAAAAAAAACGAAAGCGAAUUUAUUUUGCGCUGUUGUGCGCACGGGAAGCACCAACCACCCUCUCCCUGUACCAUCUUCUUUGUGCAUGUGUAUGCGUGCGUGCGUGUGUGUAUGCGGUGGAUUUAAGCUGUUUGCGAAAUUAGAUGUGUGUGUGUGUGUGCGAAUAGUAUUGUAAAAAUUUCCCGCUGCGAGGAGAAGAAACCAAGAAAAUCAGUGUGAAGAGAAUAAUAAUCACCGUACGGAAGAAAUAGGAGAAACUCCGAGAACAGCGAAAGACCCGAAGAUCCCUUCUUUGGGUGCGGAUUAGAGACGGUCAGAACGGCAAAGAAGGCGAAGAACUGUACUGCCCAGAAGAAGUAGCAGCAAGGGAACGGAAAAAGGAUUAAACCUCUACAAAAGCCAUAAAAUGGAGAACGGAUCCGACGAUCGGGUGUAUGCGGCGGAGAAAAUCAUGAAAAAACGCAUCCGGGCGGGCAAGGCGGAGUAUCACGUGAAAUGGAAGGGCUGGAGCCAGCGCCACAACACAUGGGAGCCGGAGGAGAACAUCCUCGACCAGCGGUUGAUCGAGAUAUUCGAAAAGUCGGUCCGCGGCUCAUCCACCCCGAAGCGCAAGAAGAAAGCAAUCAUCGAAGAUUCGGACGACGACGAGCUGCCGUCCAGCACGAUGUCGCCCACGCCCGAACCGGAGCUGCCGAAAAAGGAGGAGCGCAAGGAGGCAAAGAAGGAUCGUGAUGAUAAGCAUCAGCUGCAGCAGCAGCAGCAGCAUCAUCACCAUCACCAUCAUCAUCACCACCAUCACCAGGGUGGUGCAAAGAAGGAGAAGGACGUGGCCAACAUUUCCAACAGCAGCUUAAACAGUGGCGCCGACGGCUCAAAGCGAAACAGCAGCAGCAUCAGCCCGAGCCACCAUCAUGGUGGCAGCUCGUCGACGAAGGUUGAAAAAUCGUCCCCACACUUGGCGACGGGCGCGGCGGACCCGUCGCUAGUCGCUGGUGGAGCCGGCGGCGUCACCGGGACGGUCGGUAUGCAGCCGCUGCCCAGCCUGAAGAUCUCCAUCUCCGCCGACCGGUCCGCCGAGCUGGUGGGCAACGAUCACGACACCAACUCGAACUCGAGCGACGAUCAACCGCUCAGCCACAAGGACGUGAUCGGCACGAAGCGGAAGGCCGAGGUCCUGUCGAAGGGGGGCAAGGUGGGUGUGACGAUCAAAACGUCCUCGCCCGGGGACGAAUCGCCCAGCAGCAGCACGCUGCUGAAGGCGCAGCGGCUCGAGGUGAGCCCGCUGUCUGGGGUCGGCGGUCCGGCCGUCGCCGGCGGCUCGACCGUCGCCCCGAUCAGUACCACCUUCGGCAAGCUGGACAUGAAGGCGGCCGCUCCACUGUCGCCCGACACGCCCGCCUCCCGGCCCGAAUCGAACAUUCCGCCGCCGGCCGAACCGAACGCACAGCUGCCGGGCGGGGCGGCGGCGGUGGUGGUCGCAGCCGGCGGACUGCCCGCCGGUCGAGAGGAGGGAAACCCGCUGGAGGGGCAGGUUGCUGGACAGCAGGCCCAGCAGCACCAGCAGCAACCGGGCGCCGCGGCGAACGGUGGCGAUGCAUUUCCGCUGAGCAACGGUAACGGUCCGAACAACAUCAACAACAACAACAAUAACCUUAACAACAACAACAACAAUAUCAACAAACAUGUCAGCACGCUAACACUGUCGCCGCGGGCCGCCCCACCCCGCCUCUGGCUGCCGAAGGCACAAACGACCAACCAGGUGUUUAUCACGGAUGUGACGGUCAACCUGGAGACGGUCACGAUUCGGGAGUGCAAGACGGAGGCAGGCUUCUUCAAGACGCGGGACAUGCAGCAGCAGCAGCAAGAGCAGCAGCAACAACUCCAGCAAGACCAACACCAACAACAACAGCCCCGGGUCGGUGAUCUGCUAAGCAAUUAAAAGAGCAGGAAGGGCGUGCUUUUCUACCCUACGAUCCGGGCAGAUCGUAGCAGUAACGUGUUUUCCUUGUACCUGUGUAACUGAGCAGUGCAUUUGCGGAGGGAUUUUUGUGCAUUAUACAUACACAAACAAACACACAGCACACGUUAACAUUACUAAAGAAGCGUGGAAAAAAACGCAAAAGCGAAUGUGGCCAAAAUCCUUGCAAACCUUGCGGGAAAAGGAUACGAAAUGAUAGGGAAGAACGGAAAAUUAACACCCAAAAACCGGGUGGG